AGGCGCUUUUCUUGUGCCACAGAAAUGGUCGUAGAUGCGUGUUUUUGAGGCACCAAGAAGAAGAAAUUGUAAAAGGGUCAAUGACGCUGAGAGAGAGAGAGAGAGGGCGAGGGAGGCGACCGCAAACACAUAAAAAAUCAUAUUAAGAGAGAUUGAAAUUCCGGACUCACGGUGCUGGACGGCUGGCGCGCGGAGUGGCGGUUGGAGUCGUGUCCGUGGAGAGUGACGGCGGCUGGACUCUGGAGAAAUGAGAAAUGUGAUAGUGAAAAAAUUAGGUUAGCCGAUUGUUUGUGCCGCAAAAUAUGAAGUCUUUAAACACGUGUCAAAGAUAUUUAACCCAAAAAAGAAAGAAAAGGGGCACAUUCUCAUUCUCGUUCUAGAGCAAGCGGGAGCAGCAACCAUGGAGGACUUGCAGAGUGCACUUAACGAACAGGGUCUAACUGUUUCCACCGUCCCAGAGAAAGGCCGGUGCCUCUUAACCACCAGAGAUUUCUAUCCAGGAGAAGUAAUUAUAAGCCAAGAGCCUUAUGUCUGUGUACCAAACAAGUCAUCGGUUGACUCGAGAUGUGAUGGAUGCUUCGCAUCAAGUAACCUCAAGAAGUGCUCAGCUUGUCAUGUUGUAUGGUACUGUGGUAGCACAUGCCAGAAGUUGGACUGGAAGUUGCAUCGUCUUGAAUGCCAAGCUCUGUCAAGGCUCGACAAGGAUAGGAGAAAAUCUGUUACACCUUCCAUACGUCUGAUGGUGAAACUCUACCUACGGAGAAAUCUGCAAAGUGAGAAGGUCAUUCCUACUACUGCUACAGACAAUUAUAACUUGGUGGAGGCCCUGGUGUCUCACAUGUCUGACAUUGAUGAGAAGCAAUUGGUGCUGUAUGCACAGAUGGCUAACAUUGUCAACUUGAUACUUCAGUUGCCUGAGAUCAACACAAAAGAGAUUGCUGAAAAUUUUUCCAAGUUUGCAUGCAAUGCACACACCAUUUGCGACAGUGAACUAAGACCCUUGGGGACAGGACUGUAUCCUGUUAUUUCCGUCAUUAACCAUAGCUGCUUGCCCAAUUCUGUUUUGGUGUUUGAGGGAAGGUUGGCUGUCAUACGUGCUGUGCAACAUAUACCACAAGGAGAUGAGGUGUUGAUUAGUUACAUCGAAACUGCUGGAAGCACUAUGACUCGGCAAAAGGCUCUAAAAGAACAGUACCUUUUCACUUGCACAUGUCCCCGCUGCAUAAAAGUGGGUCAGUCUGAUGAUAUCCAAGAAAGUGCAAUUGUAGAAGGUUAUCGGUGCAAGGAUGAUCGAUGCAAUGGUUUCCUGCUCCGCAGUUCUGAUGACAAAGGAUUUAUAUGCCAACAAUGUGGACUUGUUAGGGACAAGGGAGAGAUAAGAAAGAUUGCAAGUGAAGUAAAAUUGAUGUCUGACGAGGUUCUUAUGUCUUCGUCGUCUGGCAAUUACCUGGAAACUGUUUCUAUGUAUCGGAAGAUUGAGAAAUUCCAGAGGAAAUUGUGCCAUCCUUUCUCAAUCAGUUUGAUGCAAACUCUAGAAAAGCUUUUAAAGAUUUUGAUGGAGAUGCAAGAUUGGAGGGAAGCUCUAGCAUAUUGCAGAUUGACCAUUCCGGUGUAUCAAAGCUUAUAUUCAGGAUUCCAUCCUUUGCUUGGACUGCAAUAUUAUACCUGUGGGAAGCUUGAAUGGUUACUGGGAGACACGGAGGGUGCUAUACAAUCACUGACCAAGGCAGUGGAUAUCCUACGAGUUACGCAUGGGACAAAUACGCCUUUCAUGAAGGACCUCUUGCUGAAGUUAGAGGAAGCACGUGCCGAAGCUUCUUACAAAGUCUCAUAUAAAGAUGAGUUACAAGAUCUUCCUUAAAUUGUCGUUACCUGGCGGAUUCUGCUCUGUUGAGCCAUUCCUAUGAAAUACAUGAGCUUGGAGCAGAGAAUGAUUCAGUUGACAUCUCUAUUCAAUUACCACAACCAUUUUCAUAUUGGAUUCACCUUGAUCUCUUGGUACAGGUCAUCUCCUAAAAAUCUUCUACCACCUGCACUGAUGCAUACACUCACAACUUCCCCCAAUUCCUAUUAGCUUUAGUGUUCUCUUUUUAGUCGUUUCCAGUUUCAUUAGUAUUCAAAUUUGGGCAAUGGUCAACUGUGGUAAAUUGUUAAAUAUCGUGGCCUUUUUUUGACUUGUAAUGUAACUUCUUUCAUUUCCAGGAAAUUCCAAGGCACAUAUUCAUCUAAAACAAAGUCAUUACAUAUUUGUAAUCUGGCUUGAUUCAUUUUGACGACACAUAUGACUACUAGGAUUUCAAGAAAUUUCUUGUUUUAAUAUUUUGACA